CAUUUUUUGGCUCAGUUUGAGAGAGUUUCAUUUGGUACUUAUAAAUCUGGAUUUAAAAAACAAUUAGGAACUCUCAUUCCCUCGCUUUGCCAUAAACCCCUUUCUAAAACCCUAGAUACGCAAGAAAAUAGCACUUGGUGAAACAUUCAUACUAGGGCGACAGACAAUCCGGCGAAAUGCCAGGUCUGACGUCAGAGUCCGACGACCUUGCAAUGGUCCCAGUCUCGUCGGAGCCGGAAAAUCACCCGGCGGUCAUCUAUCCUCUCCAUCACGGUCUCAAAUCCCCGAUUCAUCGACUCUCCAUUUCCUGGGCGCGUGGCAACACUCUCCAAGUCUCAGUUCUCGGGAAACCUCAGUUGGACACGGCGACAGACGUAGACGGCCGCGAGGGUGGCGGCGGUAGAGUGGUGGAGGUGAAGCUGAGUAACAGCGGAGAUGAGGAAGUUGAUGCCGCAAGAUGGAGGAGAAUAGCUUACGGUUCCGUCACUCCUUUCGCGCUUCUUCAGAGCCGCAAACAUUCUCUGUCUGCUAUGUCGUUGGAUAACCCUCCUUACAAGGCACAGUGGUGGGAGCAUGUCAUAGAGUACAGCAAAGAGAUAAAUUCUCUGCUCAGUGAUCGAAAAUCACCUCCUAGAUCAAUUAUUGAAGAUCCCAAGUCGGUAGUAAACGAAACUGCAGAGCCGAUGUGUUUGAAAGCCGCGUGGGAGCUUCUGGAGAUAUUUUAUGUAGACAAGCAAUCACAAUCCUGGAUUCCUGAACGUUUGCUAGAUUGGUUAGCUGACUACGAUCCUUUAUUCUCGGGAACUGUACCCACUAUUCAUUCAAAGCUUGUGGAUUUUCAGCAGGAACUUGCUGGCGUACAGGUUGUUGAAGAAGAUCCUAACUACUGGGAAGCAAUAGCAUCAGCAUUGUCAAUUGGCUGGCUGGGAACUGUGGCAAAAUUGCUGCGCUUGCAUGGCUCUUACCGUUUUGAUCAGUUAGCUAGUCGCGAGACAGAGAAUGGACUGGUUGAAGCAGUUGCUGUCCUUAUAUCCAAGAUGCCUAGAAUGCGUCCUAAUCUGAGAGAAGAAAAUUUAGGAGAGUGUUACAAAACCAAGCCUGAUUUCAUGAAGGCUUGGGAGAAGUGGAGGGCACAAAUGACUAAACUGGACUGCAGUUCGUACUGGCUUCAAUGUGAUCACCAGCAGACUAGAGAAGGGCUAAAAAAUUUGAUCCAGAUCAUGUUGGGAAAUCCUAGUGUUCUAUCAAAUGCAACUUUCAACUGGAUGGAGCUUUUUAUAUCCCAUUUCUUGUACGUUAGGCCAUUUACUGCGGGUCUAGAGAGCAUGUACAAUUUAGCUCAGAAGUGCAUGCAAUUAAAACCAAUUUCCAGCCCCCAUAAGCUGUUUGGUCUUGUACUUGGCAUUCUUGGAGAAAAUACUGAGGUUGUUCUAGCAGAGUGCUCAAGAUCAUUUGGCCCAUGGAUGAUGGCACAUGCUGUAGAGUUGUUGACAGCUGGGAGCACUCAUGCGGAAAUUCUUUUGCAUGAAGAGCGGUCCAAACUGGGGGGAAUCAGCAUAGAAGAGCUCCAUAAACUUGUAUAUGCACAAGUUCUGUCUUCUCAUGCGUUCACAUGGCAAAUUACUCCAAUAUACUUGACUUCAUGCAUAAAACAAGGGAUUGGAUUAUUGGAGAAUUUGCUUUACAAGCAGCCUGUACAGCAUAGUCAAAUUCUGUUAAAGAGUAUAGAGAUCUGCCGGCUGUAUGAACUUGACACCAUAAGUUCAAACAUAAUGAGGAUUGCUGGUAUGCAUCACUGGAAACAUGGGAGAAAAGGCUCUGGUGUCUUUUGGCUGCAGCAAGCUCGAGAUGAAUUUCGUUUAAACAGAAUUGCCAAACAGUUAUUUGAUUUCGUGGGGAAGUCAGUUUCUGAUGAAGGAUUCAAGCAAUGGGAAGGUCUCAUAGAGUUGCUGGGUUCUGAGCCUAGAACUGCUGGCGGUCUUGAGUUUCUGAACAAGUACAGGGAUUUUAGGAGAUCCCUGCUGCAGGUUCAUGGUGAUACACCCACUGAUGGUGCUCGUAAUGCAGCUGAAGCUCUCGUCUCUCUCAUGAAAAAUCCUUCCACGCCUCAACGCUUUUGGUUACCUCUUCUAUAUGAUUCAUUGAAAUUGUUAAACUGGCAGGAGCGACCUUUGCUUAAUGUCUCUCAAACUCAGCUUCUCUUGAAUAAACUGCAAGAGUUGUCCAUGGCAAGAUUGAGGCCAGACUUUGUUGAAGCUGACUUGCCAUCUGAUUCCUUGAGCUCUGUCAGACUGGCACUUGCCACUAACCUGGGUCGUGCAAUCCUUGAAGAGUGACUUUGUUGCCCCUGUUUCUUGCUUGAGAGUUAAUUUUCAAAAUGGUGCGGAACCUUGUGUCACUGCUUGCAGCAGAAAUCAUGAAACUGCAACUGUUCCAUUUUGUUAUCUGUUUUCUUUACUGGAAAUGCUGACUCGAAGAGCUACAUGUGUGCUGGCACUACAUUGUGAAUGGUACAGCCCGAUCUGAGCCACUUGUGUCACCUACAUGUUGCAGAGCUUAGUAGACAGCUAAUCAGUUGGUAUAGACAAGAAGCAUUUGGAUGUGGAGAGCUUCAGGCUAUGGGAGACUAACCGUGGCUUGACAAGAGUGAAGAUGACUGUAUUAGUAUAAGGUUUCUUGUUUUUCUGCUCCGCUGCUCCUACUUAGGGAUCCUUUUUUUUAAAUUUUGUUUUGGGAUGGGGAACAGGGGAGUGGGGUUAUCUAUGUAUAUGCCUUUGUAAACGACCACCAAAACCCCUGCCUGUUGCCUGGUUUAAAAUUGUUGAGAUUGAUUUAUUCCCUAUGAUAGAACUCUGAAUAUAAAAAUUAAUGUCAGUGUUCCUGGUUGGACUGGUGUUUAUAAGAUUGAAAAAACUGCUACAUGCUCAA